AUGUCUAAUGAAGAAAACGACAAUGACGCAAUCUGCAAGCGAACCAGAGCUCAAUAUUCGCUAGCGAGUUCCACCCUCGAUGACCUCGAGGCUUUUCUUCACGAGACUGAUGAUGAAGACGAUGAUGAUAAUGAGGAUGAAGAAGAACAAGAAUACCGUAAGUUUCUGGCAGCAACCGUUUCACAUAGUGGUGAAGGUGAUGAUGGUGAGGUUCAUGAUGAUGAUGAUGAGGAUAGCGAUGUAGACUUUGAGUUACAACUUGAACAAGCACUAGAGACUGAUGAUGACGAGGAAACAAGUAUCCUUGAAAACAAAAAGCCUGUGACUAGACGCAAGAGACGAACCAAAAUCUCCAACGAUAGCAGAUUGUUACGUCCUCUUGUACCUAUCUUCCCCAUUACACAACCUGUUACAAGGUUUUACACUGUUGGUGGCUUCUUCAGUCAAGCCCAAAUAAGAGAGUUGCAUUGUUUGAUUCAUGAUCACAUUCAACUUCUUAUCCAAGUUUACUCUCUUUGUGCGUUUGAUCAUUCAAAGCAGAACAUUGGGACACAAGUCCAAGGACUUAUAUCUGAGAUGCUUCAAAAACAACAACGACCAAGUCAUGUUCUUGACUCUGUUUCCCCGGUUCUUGAUCUAGCUGGAAGAUACCUAGUUGAUGUCUCUAGUGCUGUUCAAGACUAUAGAAAGUGUCAAGUGGAAUCAGGUUUUGAAGCUAUGUUUGAAAGAGUGCCAUUGUUUGAAUCAGGAGGAGGACGCAAGGAUGAUCCUGUUGGUGUUGUCCAUAAAGAUAUCGCCAAGUUAGCUAAAGUGUUUUUGCCAUUGUUCAAAGUAUCCUUGUUUCCUCAGAACCCGCCACCUGGAGGUAAACGGUCUCUUUUCACCAGCGCUGAGGAUGAGUUACUCGCUCUUGGGAUAAUGGAAUAUAACUCUGACUGGAAAGCGAUCAAGCAGCGGUUUCUUCCUUGUAAAAGCGAGCAUCAGAUUUUUAUUAGGAAGAAAAACAAGGGAGCAUCUAAAGCCUCUGAGAAUCCCAUCAAGGCCGUUCUGAGGAUGAAAAACUUGAAAAAGAACAGUGAGGUGUACCUACAUGAGGGGUUUUUAGAAGGCGAGAGGCCACCAAGGCUCUUGUGUUCUGCUACAUCUAUGCACUCCUAUGAGAAUGUUCGCCUAGAGUCAUGUACACAGAGGCUUGAACCUUGUGUCUUUCCUCUGGGAUAUCGUAAACCACACAAGAAAAGUGUUGUGAGACUAGCCUCUGAUUUGCCUCUAGUUAGCCUUCCAUCUUCAGCCAGUGUCAUCUUGCCGUCAGGCUUAGCCAUUAACCAGUGCUUGUCUGGGAGGGAAAAUUUGAGUACUACCAAUAAAGUUAACUCCUCUGAGAAGAAUGACUCAGGUCUUGUGAUGCAUCCUUUAUUGUUCCAAACUCCUGAGCAUGGACAGAUUACUACAUGUAACACAAGGGGUUCUUGUUCAUCUAGUUUCUUGUCUGAAACUCGACCUAAGCUGCUGAGUCUUUUCAACAACAGUCCAAGGGAAAUAGAUCACUCAUCAGCACUUGGGGAUAGCUGCUUUCAUCCAUUUCUUCGAAGUAGUGAGAAUUUAGACAGCGGUAUUGGUAAGAACGCCAAAUUAUGUCAACUUGAGGAUGUUUCCGGUGCUGUUGACAAUGCUUGUAUACCUGUUGCUGGUCGUAAUGAUGGCUCUCAGGUGCCUGGAUCAACUGCAACAAGUAGAUGCAUUGAUGAGAUGGGUGAUCAUUCUAAUUUAGGUAUAGUGAUGGAACAUGAGGAGUUGAGUGAUUCUGACCAAGACAUGAUGGAAGAAGAAAAUGUUGAGUUUGAGUGUGAAGAGAUGACCGACUCUCAAGGAGAAGAUGAGUCAGAAUGCGAAGGAAAUUAA